CUUAAAACUUUUAAACACUGGUACUUUUUUUUGACAUUUUGUUGUCCACAGCCUGAGAGUAUUGACCUGUGUCUUGAACCAUCAUGUUCCAGGAUGAUUUUCAUAAUGGAGGGUCAGAUUCUGAUGAUCCUGGUUAUUAUGCCGGGUGUUCUCAGUGGAUACUGGAGUGUGAUCUUUGAAAAUCAGUGCGCUUUGAAAGGGACAUCAGUAGUUAUAAAGUGCCGCUAUGACUACCCUUCCGAUCAUACUGUCACUUCACGUUGGUGGUCUAAAGCACAGUAUAUUUUUGGGGCGUGGAGUCUGGUUCCCCUGUCUAGACUCCAUUCACCCCCAGACUUCAAAUAUGUGGGCGACGACCAUGGUAACUGUGAUCUGGAAAUCAACAAUGUACGACACGCUGAUGAAGGAGCGUACUUUUUUAGUUUUGUGACAACACGCAACAGGUGGACAAGUAGAAACUUUGCUGAAUUGUCUGUAAAAGAGUUAACCGCUGUUGUACAGCCAAGCACUGUGACAGAGGGAGACCACGUCAGCCUGAGCUGUGUGUCAGGUUGCUCGACACCUACAACCAUUGUCUGGUUUAGAGAUGGACAACUUGUACCGAAACCAGUCUUCCGGGCCAGAAGAGACGAUGCUGGGAGGUAUUACUGUGCCGUCCUGAGACAAGAGACAGUCACAUCCAACCUGGUGGCUCUGAAUGUUCAAUACCGUCCAACAAACUUAUCAGUUUCAAUAGAUCCACCACAGGCUGCCGAGAGCAGCGGUGUGAAUCUGACCUGCAGCAGUGUGGCAAACCCCGCAGCAGUCAACUACACCUGGUACAAGAAGACAGAUGAUUCCAGCUCCAUGCUGCAGGUGGGCUCAGGACAGGUGCUGUCUCUUCCCUCUGUGGAGGCGUCCCACACUGGACUCUACCUCUGCCAGGCCAGGAACAGUGUGGGGGAGAACAACUCAACUGAGGUGCUGCUGACCAUGACGAGCGAGGAGCAAGGCAGCCGGCUCCUCCCAGUCUUAGCUGGAGUUGGAGCCUUUGUUUGUGUGGCACUUGUGAUAGCACUUCUUUUGUUCUGGAGGAAACCGAGAACCUGUGCAGAGGAAAAAACUGCAUUAGACUCCAGGCUCAGUGGAAGAAGCUCAAGCUCAUCAGCCAAUGAAGAUCAGUCUGACACAGUUUAUGCCAACAUCCACACAUUUCCAUCCCCUCCUCCACUUGUUCCCGCUGCUCCGGACAUCGCUUCUCAUUCACAGAGGAGCUCACACUGUGAAGAUGAUGUCCCCACUUCUUAUGAAGCUGAAGUUACCUACUCAGCAGUGACCAUCAAACCCCGAAACCAGAGUCUCCACCAUCACACAAACAACAGCAGAGCUCCACGAGACUCCCGGUCCAAAGCAGGAGAGAGCAACGACUCUGUGAUCUACGCUACUGUGGCUAAAUCCAGCUGAUCCACAUCUUAGUGUGAGAGUCUUAAAACAAGCCAGUGUUUGUCAAAGGGAUGAAAAUGUCUUUUUGUACACCAUACUAUAUAUUUAUGAUUUAUUUAUAUUAGUGUUUUUGUGUUUUGAUUUAUGAUUUUUUUAUACUUUGCAAAAUAAUACUUAUUGUCGGCUAUUGUAUAUUUUUGAUAAACCAAAGCGAAAGAAAGGAAAUCCUGAACAUCAAAUUUUCUGACUUUAUACCUUUGUAUUGUGUUUGGGAUACUGUAUACUACAGUGUAACAGUGCACAGAAAAUCUAUAAAGAAUAACUGUGAUAUUGGG